GGGGUUUUUUUUUUUUUUUUGAGGCCCUAGUGUUCUGUCCUGAGGGGACCCUUUUACCUCCAUUCAUGAACACGCCCAUGGGAGGAGUGCCUUUACCUCAUCAUUUCUAACAAUAUCACCUCAGACGCAUUUCGUUUUGGAUUCAAGAGGAGCAUGUUGUGAAGAAAUUGCAUCAGAAAAUUGUUGCGGGAGCUUAGAUAUACAGAGAACUGAAGUAUAGGGAAAAUGGCUUGAAAUGUUACCUUUUUUCAUAUGUUGAUUUCAAAAAUUAGGGUUAUGAUCGAAGGUUGCUUCAGUUUUCGCUCUGCCAAAAGAAGAUAUAUAUACAGCUAUGCAGUGGAGGGUGGGAGUCUUCCAAGCAAGGAGAAAAGGGGGAAAAGCAAGAAGAAGCUGGAGCUGACAAAAGCCCUCAGUCUGGAUGAAGCCCAGAGGAAAAUCCAGCAGCAGAACCUCAGCAAGCAGGCUCCAAUUAGGUCCCAGACAUUUGACUCCAGUAAGAGCUUGGAAAGAAAUGAAGGCAGCAGCACACAAAGUAGUUUUAUAAAGCACAACAAAACUUUCCACAAAUUGUUUCAAGACAUUCCAGAAAAUGAGGAUUUAAUACAUGCCUUCGUGUGCGCCCUACAGAAGGAGGUGCCCUACCACGGCAGGCUGUACGUGUCUGAGAACCAUGUUUGCUUCCACUCCUCCGUGCUGCUCAAGGACACAAAGGUGGUCAUCCCUGUGUCCAAAAUACACAUCCUGAAGAAACAAAACACGGUGCUGCUGGUUCCCAAUGCCUUGUCCAUCCGCACCAAGGAGGGAGAAAAGUACUUGUUUGUGUCUUUGAGGAACCGGGAGGUUUGCUACAAACUGCUGUGCUCCAUUUGCCCACAUACAGAGGAGGGCAGCACCAACAGCAGCCCAGUGUUCUCCUCUGCAGAUAAUAGCUUUGACCAGUAUAGGCUUGAGACCUCCAGCCAAUCCAGUGUGGAAGACAGCUUUGACCAGCUAAACUCCAGGGCCCUACUGCAGUCCAGCUCGCCCAAAUUAACUCGAGUGCCUUAUGGGAGCAGAUCCACCCACAGGGAACAGACGCUCAGGGAAAACAAGGAUGCUACCGCGAAUGACCUCUCAGCCAACGGCCUCUGGUUUUGGACCGCAGCUGACCGUGUCAGGUCCCUUGUCGUCCAGCGGGACUCCAGUAGACUCAGCGUGCUGCUUUUUAUCUACCUAAUACUGGCGCUGCUGCUCCUGCUGUCCUCAGGAUAUAUUGGCCUGCGCAUAGUGGCCCUCGAAGAGCAGCUGACGUCCCUAGGGGCUCUGCCGGAGUUCUCCCUGCCUACUGAGUGGAAGGACACAUGAUGCUUUGUCCAAAUGCAGUGACAGCACCACUGAGAACCUUAAAGAUGCCAGGAGGCAGUCUACCAGGAAGGUGUUUCAGCAUUUUAUCCCUUUUUCCCAGUACUGUUUAAGAGAUCAGUAACAUUUCAAGGAGCUGUCACAUCAAGAGGUUUUGUGAAUAUUUCCUUCCAGCCAGUAGGAAACAAACCACUCUGAAGGCCCAAUUAGCAAGUUUUUGGGAUCAGCAGAAUUUCUCUUCUGGGCAGCCAGUAAAAAUGGAAUGAGCUGGCACUAAUCCACGUUUUUGUCCUUGUGUGGCCAGAAGGACUGCUGGCUCCUCUUGGUGCUGGAGGUACCAGAAGGGCACACAAACACAGGAGCUUUAUAUCAGACCGGACCUCAAAGUGAUUCCACACUUGAACUCUACUGUGUCCAAAAUCCACCAAGGUUCGAACUUGUCUUUUGGUCUGUCUUUUUGUGGGUUAUACUUGAACUGCAUGUGUCCCGCACAUCUUUUUUUUUUAAAUAGCUUGCUUCAAAGUGCGCCGUGCAGUGCCAAAGUAUUGUGUGCUGGCCACAGAUUUGACUGAAACUUCUGAUGAUGCUUGGUCUUCAUAUUGGCUGGUCUGUCCAGCCUUGUCUGAACGUGGGAGAUGCAUGCAGUCUAUGAAACCUUUUACAUAUCUACUGAAGAAUGUCUUUUUUAAGCCUUUGUUUACCUGUUUUCGGUCAGACAGUUAAUCGAGUCUGCAAAGUGUGUAUUUCAUUCCCUCUCCAGCAGAACUUUCUCAGUCCUGUAGUCAGAAAUUUACAGUAUUAUUCCUUUUAUUCCUGUAAUUUAGCUCUUUAUUGCAUACAGCUCCUCUUUAUCGCUAGAAGUUUUUAAUGCACAACUACCCAACAUCAGAAAAAGAGCUUUUGGUACUCCUGUGUCUGUCUUGUUUAAAUUGUUCCAAUGUAAAUAUUAUUGAUUCGGUCUAUGUAUUUCUAAAAUAUGCAAACACUGUAUAUUACUGCAUUGAUGAAAGGAUCUUGAGCAGAACAUUGGUCUAAAUCGGUACAGUAUUGCAUGAGAGUCCACAAACAUAUCAGGUACUUAUAUGGGCUUUAACUGUUUUUUGUUAUCUUUAUGCAUUUAAAGAAAAAAUUUAUGCAAAUAUCUUCAAAUGUAGCUGUAGUAAUACAGUUUAAUUUUGAAAGUCGUCAUUUCAGAAAGCAGUGGUUCCAAAUUUUGAGUCCAGUGUUAACAGGAAAGAUGGUGGUAGUGCAGUGAGCAUUUGGGAUUGCUACCCCAUACAGGUAAGAUCACAUCUGAAGUAUUUUAUCUGUUUGUUGUUUACAGCAUGGGAUGUAAAAUCCAUAGUAAUUAAGAGCAUUUGUAAAGCACAUUACAGUGCUUCAGCUGAAUUUAAUGUAAAAUAGGUAUGGAUAAUGUCAGCUCAACAUAACGUUCAGUGAUUUUUAACUGUUUAUGGUGUGUUUUUGAAAAGAUGUGUUAUGUGAAAUUUCAGCUGCGAGCACUUUAGAAUUUGAUCCAGUUUUAAUCCAAAGAAGGCAAGGAUCACAGCUGGCCCAAAUGGGAAUGGGUGCAGCAUGUUUAUAGAUGGUGCUAUUGAUACCCCUCAGGGGUAGAUGGGGAUAAUGUGAUGUGGUGGAAUGCUUGCUGCUACAUGCUGAUUGAUACCAAUUACACCGAUAAAAUUUCUUCUUUCUGCUGAGAAUGACACCCACCUUUCCUUUUAAAGCAUUUAUUUGGAAUGGAACUAAUGAACACGACAAUAGAAAUACAUGUUAUGAUGAAUAUGCCUCUGAACACUGAUACAAGUGCUACAUAUCAUAAACUGAUAUUGCUUCUACCCUUUCCUGAAUAAGGGUGAGUGAGGUGUCUUGUACGUUGUCCUGCCUUGUUGACUAGAGACACUAAGGCAGUAGGGCACCUUUACCUAGGAAGCCCAAGUAAGAACAGUCUUGCAGGCCCAGGGGUUCCUAGGGGCUUGAACCCCUUGCAAGGGCUGAGCGUUUGUGACCAUGGAGUAGAUGAGCUAAGAGACACCAAUGGAUGACGACGAGUUCUUUGAAAUUCCUCGUAUUUGCCGAAUCUUGAUUAUGGCACUCCAGCAGAGAGCGCUUCUAACAGUUCUCUGGUGAAAUAACCUUUAAACUAACGUAAUGCAAAGCAGAUGUCAGUGAAGAAUACAGCAUUUGUAUUGUUGCACGAUUUUACAGUUGUAAAUAAGU